UAUGUAUGUAUAUUUCAUUAUUUGAAGUUUCGUACGCAUGGUGGCAGUGUGUAUAGUGCAAUUAAACGAAUGGUUGGUGUUUUUAAUAAAAAAAAAAUAGAAUUUAGAACACAUUUAGAUAUCAACUGAGAAACCAUAGGUUAUCUUGUCCUCGCAUCGUUUCGUAUCAAGAUGUUAGAAGACUGACUUCGUUGAAGAAAUUAUAUCGACAAAAGUAUAAAAAUGUCUAGCAGUAGUUCUGAAAGUAGUGACGAUAGCCAUCACGAAAAGUCACGGAAAAGACGUAAACACAGACACCCUAACCAAGACAGACGAUCCAGCAAAAAGGAAUCGAGCAGCAAGAAUAAAAGUUACAGAGACAAGAGAGAAGGUAGGGACGUUCACAAAUUUAGCAGAAACGUAAGAAGAGAAAAUAAUGAUGUGCAUUAUGAUAGAUCGCAAGGCGAACGGGAUAGGUUAUAUAGGGAUAGCCGACAUGAUCACCUGAGGAGAGAAGAGGAUAGACAAUAUGAUAGAAGAAGAUAUGAGAGAUCUCCUCCAAGAAGAGAGGAAUCUCGUCCACGAUACAGAGACUAUGAAGAAAAAACAAGGAGACAGAGAGGCCCUAUUGAAUAUAAUAAGAAACAUGACAAUGUCAACAAAGAAACAAGGAAUAAUUUGGAAGAAGUAAAAGUAAGAAACCAACCAUCGCCUGAAUGGGGCAAACCUAAUGUUAAAGCUGAAGCUAAGCCAAAGCUGGAAGAGAAAGAUAAGCCAAAUUUUGAAUUAUCUGGAAAACUAACAGAAGAUACAAACACUGUAAAUGGUGUGAUUAUUAAAUAUUCCGAACCUGCAGAUGCGAGAAAACCUAAACGAAGAUGGAGGUUAUAUCCGUUCAAAGGAGAAAAAGCAUUACCUACUUUGUAUAUCCACAGACAGUCAGCCUAUUUAAUGGGCAGAGAUCGCAAAGUUGCUGAUAUUCCCUUAGAUCAUCCUUCGUGCUCUAAACAGCAUGCGGUUUUACAAUAUCGUUUAGUAUCUUUUCAAAAGGAAGGUGGAGGUGAAGGAAGAAGAAUUCGCCCUUAUCUUAUAGACCUAGAGUCUGCAAAUGGUACAUUUGUAAAUAAUGUAAAAUUAGAACCAAGAAGAUACCAUGAACUAUUAAAAAGGGAUGUAAUCCGUUUUGGAUUCAGCUCUAGAGAAUAUGUUUUAUUACAUGAACAUAGUAAAGAUGAUUCAUUUGAUGAUGAUGUUCCCUCAACUACUACAAGUAUACCUACUCUUACUACUACUGCAUAGUUUCUACUUGUAAAAUAUUUAAGAAGCAACUUUUAAGUAUGUAACGUUACCUACUAGGACAAGUUGUAAAAUUAGUUUAU